UGCGGUCCUCUGGUGAGGGUCUGCUAUGUCGGUUUUCCAUCAACAAGAGGUCACAGCCAAGAAUCUUUUCAUUCUGUGACCCAUCGUUGGUGGAAUGAUAAGCCAGUCUGUGGAGAUGUCAACGAGCAAAGAACAAGCAGCUAUAAGUCAAGUAAUGGCUUUCCUUCGGUGUGAGAGCCAUUGCUGAGUGCUUGGCCACAUCACAGAUUGAGAGCACCCAGGAAACAGCUCAGUUGCUUCUGGAAUCCCUGGCUCAUGGCAAUCCCAAAUACCAAAACCAGGUGUACAAGGGUCUGAUUGCCCUUCUGCCAUGCACCUCUCCAAAGACACAACAGCUUGUUCUACAGACCCUUCGCAUUGUGCAGGACAUUGUGAAGGUCGCUUACCCGAGUAUUGUUGAACCACUGCUGAAUUCACUCAGAUCUCUGCACCUCGAGCUGCAACAUGAAGCUCUUGAGUUGAUCACUGAGCUGAGGCACUAUGAAGUUAGACCAGCCCUGCUCAAGGGUCUGGUUGCUCUGCUGAAACCUGUGAAGGAACGAGUGCAGAAGUACAAGAUCCUCGAAGAUUCAGAAAUGACAAAGAUGACAGAAUCCUUGCCAUUAUUUGUUCAACAAGCUGCUGCUGCCAAAGCCAUAAGGAUGCUGGCUCAGGGGAGUGAGGAGCUCUCCACCGAACUGCUCCAUUUAAGAGUGGUCCAUCACCUGCUGUACGCCAUGGGCAACCAGAGCCAUGCUGAUGCUCAGAGACAGGCCAGCCUUGCUUUAGAGCACUUUGUUCGGACCUACCCACUGGUGGAGGAGCAUGUACGCAGGGCCAUGGGCCAAACCCUAUUUCAGUUGUUUAUGUUGAACGCUGAGAUUCUGUACAUGAAGAUGGAUGAAAUCCAAGCUGACAUCUUACACUCAAACAAAGUGAACAUAGCUGAGGCUAUGGAGAAUCAGAAAUCUGACACAUAAAUUACCCAUUUAUGUCCAAUGUACUUUUGUUAAGAUUCAUAGUAAACCUGUUUCAACAUGUAAAUGCGU